AUGUCUCCAUCAGAAUCAACAAACGACACUUCCUCGACCGCAGUCCCCAAACUAUCAACCACCUCCCAGCCCCCACUCCUGAUAAAGAAACUCUCGCCCAAAGCCACCACACCAACCCGCGGCUCCGCCUUCGCCGCCGGCUAUGAUCUCUACUCCGCCGCCGAGACGAUCAUCCCGGCCCGGGGCAAGGUGUUGGUUGAUACGGAGUUGGCGAUUGCGGUGCCGGAGGGGACCUAUGGACGCAUAGCCCCUCGGUCGGGUCUCGCGUCGAAGCAUUUCAUUGAUACGGGAGCCGGGGUGAUUGAUGCGGAUUACAGGGGCCAGGUCAAGGUGUUGCUGUUUAAUCAUGCGGAGACGGAGUAUAGGGUUAAGGAGGGGGAGAGAGUGGCGCAGUUGGUGCUUGAAAGGAUCUAUACCCCGGAAGUUGUUGAGGUAGAGAGUUUGGAGGAGAGCGUGCGAGGGGCCGGUGGGUUUGGGAGUACAGGAUGA